AUGACCUUCGACUCGGAACUCUUCUUCCAGUCGCAUAACCCCGGCCAUGAAACCAUCCUCCUCAUCCACGGCGCAUGCGGCAGCAGCGCCGAGUACAAGGAUGUCACCUCUCCCCUGACCAAAGCGGGUUAUCAUCUGCUGAUUCCCGAUCUCCCCGCCCACGGCCAAUCCACGCACAUCAGCCCAUUCACCGUGGAAUUCGCCGCAGAACACCUCCUCCAGCUGAUCGCCGAUCACGCACAUAAUGGCGCCGCCCACGUCAUCGGAAUGAGUCUGGGCGCGCACAUCGCCGCACACAUGGCGGCGCGCGCACGACCGGGCCAGAUCCUCUCACUGGUCGCAACGGGCUACAGCACCUUCCGACCGCCCACGUUCUUGAUUCCCCUCAUCACGGUGCCCAUAUAUGCGCUGCAUCAUACGCUGCAACUGCUUUUCAAACCCUCCGUCGAGAUUAGGCAGUGGAGUCGGGGGGAGAGUUCAUAUGCGCUUAUUGCGGAGGUCGCGAGGACGCUUAUGAACCCGCGCGUGUUGCAGGAUAUUCCGGUUAGGACGCUCGUGAUCGCCGCGACGAAACCGACCAUGGGGAUCGCGGAUCGCACGGAAAGUGCGAAAUGGAUGUUUGGUGUUGUGGUUGGGGGCAAGGAGAAUGGGAGUCGGGUGGUGCAGCAUCGCGGGGUGAGACAUCCGUGGCAUGUUGAGGAGGCUGCGCAGUUUGCUGAGAUGGUGAGGCGGUGGGUUGGGGGGUUGGAGCUGGGAGAGGAGUUUGAGGAUAUUGAGUGA